AUGCUGGAGAAGCAGCAGCAUGCGCUGCGGGACGAGGGCAGAGACGCUGUGCCGAGGCUACCUGUCUCCCUGUCGGGUGAGAUUAACGCUGGUACACGAUCUCUCCACACAAAUCUCAACCGUCUCAUAACCUCGCGCCUUCCGCUUGCGCUCCCGCCGUACACUUCCGACCCCACAUUCUACGCAACUGGCCUGCUACACUUUGCGCACAUCUUCCUGACUUUUGAGUCACUGUGGGCUGAUCUGUUGCGCGACCAUGCUCCAACCUCGCAUACCGCCUCCCCGCACCCCGCAGUCGACUCCGAGACCGCCUCUCCGCCAUUCUCGCCACUGCUCUCGUAUCUCCUCGUAAACCCAUACGACUCACCUUCACUCUUCACAUCAACCUUGGGUGCGCCGACUGCGCCUUCUCCACAACUUGCAGCCUUUCUGCAAGUGCUGCGACCGCGAGGAUUGAUCCGGUCAUCACGGCUAAAGAGAGAUUUGGAGUAUCUCCUAGGCGUCCACCCCACGGACCUCGAAGUCCUGCUAGCCAAAUAUCCCGGAGACAAGGUCGCCGACUUCUGCACGCAUAUCCGAAGGAGCGUCAACGAGAAGCCUUGGACGCUCGUCAGCUAUGCCUGGUGUUUUUACAUGGCCGUCUUCUCUGGAGGCCGUUGGAUACGAAGCGUGCUCUACAAGGCACCACCAGGCUUCUGGCCCGAACAAGAUAGUGAGCGCACGACAUUAGAAGAACGCGGUUUGUCAUUCUGGCAUUUCUUCGGUCCCCAUGAUGGAGAGGAUAUCAAGGCAGAAUUCAAGGCGCAGUUACUCGAUGCGGAGACUCUCUUUACACCGGACGAGCGCGUCGAUAUCAUUGAGGAAGCAAAGAAUAUCUUCCGUCUCUGCGCUACACUGGUAGAUGAGCUGGAUGAGUCGAUCGGCACCGAUAUGGCGCAGUUUGUUGCGACACCCGCAGUUCAUCCUGAGCCCAAGGCUUCGACCGAGAAAGCGAUCCUCAUCGAUACCAACGUCACAGUUGUCGAAAACAUGACCAAGUCCAGUGACCCGUUCAAGACAUUUUUCAGGAGGCCAGAGGUCACGGGUACCCUUGUCGCUAUUGGCUGCCUAGCCGUGGUCACGCUGUUCAAGAUCCAGUGA